ACCAGUCCUGUGAGAGCCAGAUCAUGUCUCCUUCAUAUCCUCAGGAAAUGCUCAAUACUUAGUGAAGGAACAAAAGCUUACGAAAGAGUCAGGGGAAAAAUGCAACCUCCAGAACUGGGGUUUUCAGGGACACCCCAUGACAGAGUCACGAGAAACUCAUGGUCCCCCCACUCUGCUUCUCUUCUCAGGUCUAAGGACACCAGAAAAUACCAUGUGUUGGUAGGGUCACUUCAGGUCUCUGAUCGCCCAAGUUCUAAAACAACGACAAUCCCUGUGUCCAGGAUUAUCCCCUACCCUCACCUCCAGGGAAACACAACUAGUGCCAUUGCUGUGGCAAAACUGGCCUAUCCAGUUUCUUUUACCCCUGUUGUCCUGCCCAUCUGCCUCCCCUCAUCUGUAGUACAGCUCAAGAACUCAACCUCCUGCUGGGUGACUGGAUGGGGCUAUUCUGGAAUGCACCAACGUGAGGAUAUGAAGCCGUCUUACAUACUGAAGGAGCUGGAAGUGCCUCUUAUGGAUCUCCAGACAUGCAGUGACUACUAUCAGAAAGCAAACCUGCGUGGAAUCAAGCCCAUCAUCAGUGAAGCCAUGAUCUGCUCCAAGCUCCCAGUGGGUCAGACGGAUCGGUGUAUAGGCAGCAGAGGUGAUCCCCUGACAUGUAGAGUGGAGGAUUUCUGGGUCCUGGCAGGAGUGGUCAGCUGGGAGUCAAACUGCAUCCAAAACAAUGAUCCUGGAAUAUAUACAAACAUCAGUUUCUAUAAAUCUUGGAUUGAGAAGUCAGUCAUUUCACAUACUCACUUUUCUGCUGUCAUCAGUCUGUACUUCUCUGGGCUCCUCCCUGUAAUGCUUCUACCUCUCAUUUUCCUGGGGCUACCUUAAGUGGCUGAGGCUCCAUGCCCAGUGUGGAGCCCAAUGACCGAGCAAGACCUGAGGGGAGAUCACGUCGAAUUCCUAACCGACUGAGCCACCUAGGUGCUCCUAGAAGUUGACAGUUUUGAUGAGAGAUUUUGAGGAGUCACCAAGACAGAUGCAGUUCUGCUAUUUCUGCUAGUCACCAUAAGCCUAACAUUUCUGUUGCCUUUUAUCCCCAAGUCAACCUGGAAAACAAGAUCCCCAGUGUUAAUAAAGUUUGGUUGAUUCCAACUGUUAUUUCUUAUAUUCAUUCUUUUGAUGAAACUGGAGACAGUGCCUGGGGAAAUCCCAAAGCACAGAACUUUAGGGCUGAAAAAGAUCUGGAAAUCACCUGACCCAACCAAUCCCACACUCCACAGAGAAAGAAACUGGAGUCCAGAGAAAUUAGUUAAGUUUUCCCUUGCUGAAUUCCAGAUGAAAAUCAUCCAAUAUGGGGGGCACCUGGGUGGUUCAGUGGGUAACCCCCCUGCCUUCAG